AUGCCAGCCCCACCCUUCUGCCAAGCCCUAGUCGUCAAUCUUGACAGCAACAAUACCCCAGCGCUCGUCAAGGAGUCAGUCCCCGUGCCCAAGCCAGACAAACACCAACUUUUGGUCAAGGUGUCUCAUGUCGCCCAAAACCCCACAGAUGUUCAAUCUCUUGACAGCAAUGCUUUCGGGGUCGGUGCUGUCCUCGGCUGCGACUUUGUUGGUGUUGUCGAGGAGACCGGGUCAGAUGUAACCAGGAUCACUAAGGGAACAACCGUUGCAGGGCUGAUCUGGGGAGGUGAAUUCAAGGGCCUCGGGGGAUACAGCCAGUAUACUCUUGCCGACGAACGCAUUUGCUUCCCGGUUCCUCAAGGUUUGACCGGGGAACAAGCGUGCGCUGUUCCACUGGCUUCAUGUACAGCUCUGCUGAGCUUAUUCUCAAAGGACUGCCUUGCUAUUGAUGCGAGUGGAUACGACAAGCCAACGGUUCUUAUCUGGGGCGGUAGUUCAAGUGUGGGACUCUACGCAGUCCAGAUUGCGAAGUUGCAUGGGUUGGAAGUCGUUACGACCUGCAGCCCAAAACACCAUGACCUUCUGAAAUCUUACGGAGUCAAGGGAGUAUUUGACUAUCGAGAUCCGCAGGUAGUCGAUAAGAUUCGAGAGGCAGUCCCAGGUCUUCGCUAUGUAUUUGAUACCAUUGGAAACGAGUCCUCUUCCAAGACUGCUUCAAGCGCGAUCACUCACAGUAGCGGUGUCUUGUGCACUGUCCGGCCUGGUAAAGCCAACACUGACGAUGUCGCCAAGAAUGUCAAGGUCACCGAUGUUCUUGUCUGGACAGCAUUCCUCCAAGACCAUCGUUAUGGAGACUUCCAUUGGCCUCCAAGCCAAGAGGACCACGAACUUGCCGCGGAUUUCUUCAAAGAACUGCCUGAUCUGCUUUCGUCGGGCAAGAUCAAGCCAAACAUCACAAAACUUAUUGAAGGUGGCUUGGAUGGCGUUGAGCAGGGAUUUCAGCAAUACCGGGACGGCAAGAUAUCAAACUACAAGAUAGUUUACAAGAUUUAG